ACACACAGCGGGACUGCAAAAUUUUUAGUCAGCCUCGAAAAUAUCCAUUGAAGGAUAAACAAUUUUUAGUCAGCCGGCCGAUUAUAUCCCAAUUUUUUUCAGGGCCUCAACCUCAAAUGGCGGUAAAAAAUCCCAAUCACUUCUUCGGAUUUGAGCCCAAAAGGGAUACAUAUGGAUUUACUAUGAGGCCUCAACACCAGAGAGUAUGCCAAUAUCUAUAAGGAAGAGGAAGCAAAAAGGUCACAUAAGUGGAAUAGUUUUCUUAACAGCCAAGAAUUAUCUGUUCAACAACUUCAUUGCCAAGAGGUCUGCAAGACUGAUGAUUCUGAAACAAGAAACCAUAUAAGUGCCUGCGAUAAUGUGGUCGGUGAGACUGGUGAUUUAUAUAGAGAGAAGCCACUUCCUGACAUUCAUACAAAAAAAUCUUCUUGAGAAAGAGACGUCAACUGUCAUACAAUCAAAACCCAGGGAGGUGAAGACAUGGACUGACAUUAGAUCAUCUCUAUCUGCUAUCGAAACUAUGAUGGCAUUUCGUGUGAAGAACAAAAACUAUGUGAAAGACAUGAAGUUAGCAUCUUCUCAUGAUCAACUUCUGCCAAUUGGGGAGUCAAAACCUCUAAGGGAAGAAUAUGAGGACAAGAAUGAUGAAAGCAAUAGUGUGAUAUUGGAUGACAGUUCAAGGUCAGCUGCUAAAGGAUGUACUCCAGGUGAUAGAGGUCAAGUAGAACCUUCUGUGCCUUGGAAGAAUGAACUUGAGCAACUUGUUCAUAGAGGAGUACCAAGAGAUCUCCGGGGAGAUGUGCUUUUGUCAUUUUAUGACAAGUCUAUAGUUAUAAGGGUUUUUAUAAAAUUUAUCUCUAACAUUAAGAUGGAAUGAAACAAUUUAGGUUUGGCAAGCCUUUGUGGGUGUCAAGGCACGCCGGGUUGAGAGAUAUUACCAGGACUUGACCAUCACUGAAAAUGAUGUUGGUCCUUGCCCGAAGAAUGACACACCAUUGAUAGACAACAAUAGCAAGGGAUCCAAUAGAGGGAUAGCUGAUGUGUUAGAAAAAUGUAGGUAGCAGAUUGAGAAGGUCGUUAGAUGCAUGAGCCCUGGAAUUUAUCGUACAAUCUUUUUAAUUUGUAGGUGAUACUUCUCUUUAGGAUCCAUGGUGGUCAUUAAAGAAUGCUACUCAUU